UUCCUGCACUUUCUUACAUUUCUAUUAUCCAAAUAUCUUCGAAAUCUGAAUGUUCAGUAUUUCAGAUUUCAGACAAGAAUCACAAAACAAAAUUUCAUUAUUUCCUCGAGACAUCUGAAAAUCCUGAUAUUACUAGUUACUACUUUGUUGAAUUUUGUGGCAUGUGCGAAAAGGAGCUUCCAAUGUAACAGUGAAAAAUCAUUAGUUACAGCAUCUGUAAAAGACGAUUGAAAACUAAUCAGACCACUUUUUGUCCAAACCUAACCUAACCUCUCAUCUGUCUCAUUUAUCCCAAUUCCUACAUUUUCAAUCCUCAUUAUUCCUCAAAACCAGUCAAGAAAAAUUUCUACUAUUUACAUUAUAGAUUUGAAAAAACCAAGAUUGAACGGGUCCGAAAUAGGAAUUUAAGAUUCGAUAAUACAGUUUAGCGAAACAAAAUCAUGACCUCGGUAGCAAAAUCCAGUAAUUCCAUGAAAUCGAGGCCCAACACUGGGGAUGGGUCGUCAUCUUCAAAACCCAGGGUUGAUUCAUUGGUGACCAAGAAGAAAUCUGUUGAGGUAUCAAUCAAGAAUUCUUCAGCUGAUGCCAAAAACAAAUCCACCGUUAGUGCUUCCAAAAUGGUAAAGAAAACAUCCACUCAAUCAAAAGGUGCCACGACAACAGUCACCAAAACCAGAGUGAAGAAAGUUUAUUCCUUGCCAGGACAAAAAUUCGAUGUUCCAGAGGAGCGAGAACCAUUGAGAAUUUUUUACGAGUCAUUGUCGAAGCAAAUACCUUCGAGUGAAAUGGCUGAAUUCUGGUUAAUGGAACACGGCAUGCUGUCACCUGAGAGGGCCAAAAAGGCGUACGAGAAAAAGCAGAGGAAGCAAAAACAGCUUCGAACAGGGACUCCAAUAAAGUCCCCACCACCGUUCAUUCCCAGUAAACCCGAGAGCUCAAAGAGGCCACAGCAAGCUCCCAAAAAUGGUGAAGUGAAGGCAAAAAAGCGAAUUGGGAAUGAUAGUGAUGAUGAUGAUGAUGAUUUUGUGCUUAGUCACAAGAGAAGAAAAUGAUAGUGAAUGGAAGAAGUUUCAAUGCUGUUUGUAAAACAACUCUAACCUCAUUGUGGAUUUCUGUUGUCUGGACAAAAAUUGAACAAACAACGGAAGACAAACUUGAGGUAUAUUAUUUAUCUCUGAAAUAUAGGAAUAAGGAUACAUAUACACAGCUGACAUUUGAUUGUACUAGAAAUUUACUCAAACAUGUAUGUUCUAGAUUUUUAUUUUACUUUUAUUUGUUACUUAAUGGAGAAUAUACAUCUCUAGCUUUCAUUGUAUGUCUUUUUUAUAGUCAUCUCAUUCCAAUGGAUGGUAAAGGACUGUAUCAUAUUCUCCUGUUAUGGAAAUCAUGUAAUAAAG